AUUAUAACUUAUUUGCUACUUGCAAGUCCAAUAACAAAAACCAAAAAGGAAAAGCAAAACCACACUCUUCUAAACUCAUCCCCAUUAACAUAUAUCCCUCACCAAAGCACUACCAAAACAUUUCCAAAUGAGUUCAUCCCCCCCAACCAUAAAAGAAAAAACAUUAUCAGGUCUUGAGAACCUCAACAGGGUCCUCCCAACUGGCACGGUCUUCUUGUACCAGUUACUCAGUCCUGUCCUAACCCACUAUGGCCAGUGCAGCGAGACCAUCUACAAGUAUCUCACUGCCACUCUUGUAGGUAUGGUUGGCUUGUCUUGCUUCAUUACUUCAUUCACUGACAGUAUUAAAGAUAAAGAGAAAACCCACUACGGUUUUGCAACAAGCGACGGUAAACUUUGGCCCUCGCCUGAGGGCAUGACAUUGCCAGCCAAUACAUUGCCAGCACUUGGCCCUAAGGACUUUGUUCAUGGCUUCCUUGCGGUGUUCGUGUUCGGGGUUAUAGUGUGUUUGGAUAGAAAUACCGUGGAUUGCUUCUAUCCAUUGUCCGAGUCCCAGCAUAGGGCUUUGCUCGAGGUGCUUCCUCCGGUUGUUGGUGCGAUUUCUAGUGUGGUUCUCUUGAUUUGUCCUAACAAACGCCGUGGAAUCGGAUACAUUUCUUUAAGUAAAUCUUCAAAUGAUUCCAACUCUGGUGCCGAAAUACCAGCCGUGACGAAAACCGAAGGAAAUAUAAGUGUGGUUUCUGUGGUUUCAUGCAUCUGCCGCUAAAGAAUAAUUCUAGGAGCACAUCCAAUCGCUCAUCUAAUUUCAUAAUUUGUUAACUUGUGCAAUUGUGAAUGAUACACAUUUUUUGUUCACUAUGAAAAAUAUGGACCUAACACUUUUCAUUGAUCAUUCACAAUCAUACAAAUUAGAAAGUCGUGAAAUUGAGUGUGAGUGAAAAUGAGUGUCAAUAAGCGAACUGUUUUUUAUAUUGGUUGCCUUAUAUUCAUGUCACCUGUUCUCACGGGAUAAAACAGUUGCUCUAAAAAGAAAGGAAGCCUGAACAGAUAUGGCACUCUUAUGUGAUCUACAUGUGUGGGCUUUGCAAAAUGCGAAGCAUGACUUCAGCUGACAUAGGAUAGCCAUAUCCCGUGGAUGUUGUGGUCUCAUUGUUGGCGGGGUUUUGUGGUUGGAGCUUUAAUUGGUUUUUUUUUUUAGUAGCUUUAAUUGUAUUUAAAGGAAGUAUGUAUGGAGUAUGCAA